AUGAGAGAGAAAUCUACCGGUGAAUGCGUUUAUUAUCAAAAUAGACGCACGCCUGAAUCUCAGGAACAAGUAAAAACUCUGUCUGCAAUUUUUACCCACGAAGACGCACACAAUCCUCCGGAUUUGACGAGAAAGUUUACCAACUUUUUCAUUGACGAUAUAUUAAAACCUGAAUUUGGUAAAAAACCCUUUGAAACGGGUACAACCACAAUUGCAACACUUAGUCCUGUUGUACGCAGACUAAAAUCCUUUCAUUCUUCUUCUUUUCCUUUUUCUUCUCUCUCCCAGUCAUCUUUAUCGUCUCCUUCCUCCCCCUCAUCAAAAGUCUCACAAAAUUCUGGCGUUCCUCCUUCGGGUAAGAAGAAAAAUUCCUCUCGUUAUGGGUCUGACCAGAGGAGAUGUUCGCCAUCCAAAUCGUCUACACAUUUGACAUCCAUCUCGGUAGCAUCACUAGACUCUUCUCAUAUUCUACAGACUGAGUCAGACAAACAACAAACAUUAUCACCAACGUCGCUGGGUACUGCUAAAAAGGACUUAACGACAGGGACACCAGUUGACCCAAAGUCCAACGAGAACCUGCCACAAUCUACGGGAUUCCAAUUCAAAUAUCCAGCCUGGGUUUUCUGCACGCGAUAUUCAGACAGGCCAUCUUCGGGUCCACGUUCACGAAAAAUGAAGAGAAAAGAUAAAAAGCCGGAUGAGAAACGACCCCGAACAGCAUUUACCCCAGAACAACUGCAGAAAUUGAAACGCGAGUUUGAUCUUGGUAGAUAUCUCACAGAAGAUCGUCGACAAUCUUUGGCCAAGGAACUCGGUUUGAACGAAUCACAAAUAAAGAUUUGGUUCCAGAAUAAACGCGCCAAAAUGAAGAAAGUUUCUGGCACCAAAAAUCCACUUGCUUUACAAUUGAUUGCUGAAGGAUUGUAUAAUCACCAGACUAGCAAAGAUUGA